AUGUCACGAUUAGCUAAAGUUCAAUUUAUGUUCAAUAGAAUUGAAAAUAUUUUACCAAGUGUCAAUGAAAGAAUUAAAACGAUACUACGUCAAAUUUAUGAAAAUGGAAUCAUGAUAUUUGAUGAAGAAGACAAUGAUAAAAUCGAAUCGUUUUCAGUAUUAUUUGAUGAAUUACUUAUCUGUUUGGAUAUACAAUUAUGUACCAAUUCAAAUUUGAUCCAUGAUACUCAAUUUCAGGUACUUUUGGAGCAAAGCAAAAUUGAUAUGAGUAAAUGGAGAAGCAAAUGGAGUCCAUUGAUAAUUGAUCAAGAAAAAUUUCACGAAGCAUUUGCUGAACUUAUCGAUCUUAUUGAAUCGGCUGUGAAAAUAAUGUCAUUAGUAUUUGAAAAUGUGUCGGUAACUAUUAAUGUUUUAUUGAAUUUUUAA